GGACAGCAACGUCGAUAUCUUCGCCGAAAAUGAUGAGCCUAAAAAUAAGGUAGAAAUAAAUAGAAAAUGUUUGACAAGAUUUUAAUAAAUGUAUAUAUUUUCAGAGACCGAAGGUUACGGGAAAACUGUCAAUGCACACGGCGAGAGGAAAUGAACCCCAAGAAAAAAAAAACAAAAAAGGUAAAAAGAAAAUUUAAUUAUAGUUUAAAAUUUUGUAACGUCAAUUUAUAGAGAUACCUGACGUCUGACAGCGAAUCCGACCAUGAGCCCAUAAAAAAGGUGAUACUAAACAGAAAAUAUUUGACAAGAUAAUAAUUAACGUAUAUAUUUUCAGAGAUCGAAGCCCAUAGGGAAAUCGACUACACACACAGCUAAAGUGUCAAAAGAAAAUGUUAAGCCUAAGGUAAGAUGAAGAAGAAAUUUAUUUUCAAUUAUUUUAAUAUAUAUAUAUAUAAUUUCAGAAAACAUGGCUUGAUGAUGAUUCGGAGGACGAUAUGUUUAAUCCGAAAGCGUCUACUUCUGCCGCAUGUAAAACAACCAUCCAAAAUUAUCUGGCGCCCAAAUCAUCAAAUCAGGCCAAUACUAUGCUGAAAAAAAAGACGGUUGAGGAUCGAGCAAGUACCGUUGAUACAACGAUCCGUUCAUCAGAAAAAAAGAAGAUACAGACUGAAUCGUUCGAGCAACAGAUCGAUCAUCUUGAUGUAAUCAACAGCGUUCUUACAGCUAUAAUGACGCAUGGAGAACUGAACGAUCAAACACAAGAAUACGAAAAAUUGAGAGCUUGUGUCAAACAGGUUUCUUCUCUACAGAAGGCGAAGAACACAAUAAUUUCAAAAGCUGUCACUAUCGUCAAAGGAGGAGGGUCCAACAAAAAGAGAUGUGCUGAAGAGGCUGCAUUGAGAGGGAUAAAAGAAAUGCGGAAAAAUCUGAUGCCCAAUAAAAAAUGGUCCGAGGUAACAGGUUUGCUAAACAACUUCUCCAUGAACGUGGCCAAACUCUUCAAAGACGCUUCUUCACUAUUCCGUGUUGUACUGUCUGCGCUGAAGGAUGCCUUAGAAGAUGGCAUAUAUAAAAAGCUUUCCGCCUACUGUGAGGUUUUCCCCAACGAAGCUGCAAACACCCCGCAACAGGUAACGAAGAAAACGAAAUGUAACAGAAGUUCAAAUAAAUAGCAUCGUGGUAUAAAAAUAUUCAUAGCUCAACGCAUGUCCAUUUUGCGACAAAAAAGGUUACUUUUAUAAAAACAGUGAUUGCUUGAUCGUAAUGUAAAUUCGCUAAAUAUUUUUAACAUAACUUUUAACACAAGUAAAUUAUUUCUUAUACAAAGAUGCGAUAUUGAGAUUUAAAUUACGUUUAGAAAAUUACUAUUUUUUUCAUGCCAGAAACUGGCAAUUAAAACUAGAAUCUAUGUUGAGCUCUGUAUUAUUUAUAUUUACCACGACCUAGAAAAAAGUCCUAUAUUUCAUUACUCUCAUUAUAACAUUUUUAAAAUUAUCAAUAAGAUUAUUACUAAAAUUGUUAGUGAUCGAUAAUCAGAGAACUUAAUAUAUUUUUAAAUUUAAACUCGCGAGCUGCAAAGACAGAGGCAUUUGUACAUCACAGCAGUUUGUAUUCCUAUUAACAAUGAUCACACUCCAACUCGUUAACCUGAGGAAUUAAAAUCACCUUUUAGAGAAAAUUUAUUCUUACAGCGAUGCACACUAUCAAUUUAGCCAUUAAACUAGAAUGUUUGUUGAGCUAUGAACUAUUUCAUAUAACACGAAAAAUAGAGAUGCUUACUGGGUCAAUUUUGCUUUUAUACAAGAACUAGCUUUCACAUAAAGUCGUCUGAGAUAUAAAAUAUUUAUAUACUAAAAAAUUUUUUCACUCGCAGAUCGGGCUAGGCGCGCCAACUCAGGAAAAUACCUCAAAUGCAUACAGAGCACACGAAAUGCAACGUUUAGCAGAGAUCAUCAAUGGUGCACGUGAAUUGAAUUCAAACGAUUCGCAAAUAGAGGAGGUGGUAGAUUUAGAACCUGUUGAAGGUCCCCGAGAUGGAACAAAGACAUUCAAAAUAACAAGUAGGGCGAUUCGCACUCUUGAGCAAUUCCAAAUGCGUUAUACUAAAUGCAAAGUCGAAGUCGUCAAUACCAAUCCACAAAUAUCUUUUUUGGCGGCUCUCGUAGAUAGUGUCGAGUACAUGAUUGAACAUGUGCACAAUUUAGAUUUUAUUGGAUUCGUGAUAUCAACCAAUCAAGACCAAACAUUGACAAUACCUUUCAUUCGGCGGGGUCAAUUCAGCCCUGAAUUUAUUUUAAAUCAUGUUCAAUCAUUUGCUCAAUCUGCGAGAGAAUUUAUUGCCACUAAUAUUUUUCAACUUGACGUUAUAGUAGCACCCGAUCUUCAUGGGGAGGGAAGCCGGUUUAAAGAAAACCAAAACGUUGCUGAAAAAAAAUCUUGUGUGACGUCAAAAAACUAUCAAAGAAAUCAAUUUCUCUCAGAUGCAUUACUCCAUGCGAACUAUGAUGUAAACCUACAGCAGAAAAUGUGUGUUCUGUAUGCUGUUGUUACAGGGAUGAAAUUUUGCGAGUACAAGGAGAACCUGAAAAUUGCGAAAGAUGACCGUAAUACAUAUCAAAGUAGAAAGGCUGAACUAGAAAAAAAGUGGAGAGAGGACACCAAGCAAAGGAGUCGAGAAUUUGUAAAUGACGUGAUGUGGUUCCUACU